CUCAGGUUUCUCAGGGCGGUGGCGGCGGCGGCGGCGGCGUCGGCGACUGGGACGCGGCUCGCGCUGGCACCAUGAACCCGCUGUAACGUGCAGGCUGCGCGGCGCGGGGGGCGGGGGGAGGAGGAGGAGGAGGACGGCGCGGUGAAGUUCUCCGCCAUGAACCUGAGGGGCCUCUUCCAGGACUUCAACCCGAGUAAAUUCCUCAUCUAUGCCUGUCUGCUGCUGUUCUCUGUGUUGCUGGCCCUUCGUCUGGAUGGCAUCAUUCAGUGGAGUUACUGGGCUGUCUUUGCUCCAAUAUGGCUGUGGAAGUUAAUGGUCAUUGUUGGAGCCUCAGUUGGAACUGGAGUCUGGGCACGAAAUCCGCAAUAUCGAGCAGAAGGGGAGACGUGUGUGGAGUUCAAGGCGAUGCUGAUCGCGGUGGGCAUCCACUUGCUGCUGCUGCUGUUCGAAGUGCUGGUCUGCGACAGGAUCGAGCGAGGCAGCCACUUCUGGCUCCUGGUCUUCAUGCCGCUCUUCUUCGUUUCCCCAGUGUCUGUGGCAGCUUGUGUUUGGGGCUUUCGACAUGACAGGUCAUUGGAGUUAGAAAUCCUGUGUUCUGUCAACAUUCUCCAGUUCAUAUUCAUUGCCUUAAGACUGGACAAGAUCAUCCACUGGCCGUGGCUUGUCGUGUGUGUCCCCCUGUGGAUUCUCAUGUCUUUUCUGUGCCUGGUGGUCCUCUACUACAUCGUGUGGUCCGUGCUGUUCCUGCGCUCCAUGGAUGUGAUCGCGGAGCAACGGAGGACACACAUCACCAUGGCGCUGAGCUGGAUGACCAUUGUCGUGCCGCUCCUUACUUUUGAGAUCCUGCUGGUUCACAAGCUAGACGGCCACAACGCGUUCUCUUGUGUCCCGAUAUUUGUCCCACUCUGGCUUUCCUUGAUCACUCUCAUGGCAACCACAUUCGGGCAGAAAGGCGGAAACCACUGGUGGUUUGGGAUUCGCAAGGAUUUCUGUCAGUUUCUGCUUGAAAUCUGCCCAUUUUUGAGAGAAUAUGGAAACAUUUCCUACGACCUCCACCGUGAAGGUAAUGAGGAAACUGAAGAAACGCCAGUUCCAGAGCCUCCUAAGAUUGCUCCUAUGUUUCGAAAGAAGACCAGGGUGGUUAUCACCCAGAGCCCUGGAAAGUAUGUCCUCCCACCUCCCAAAUUAAAUAUCGAAAUGCCAGAUUAGACAGCCCCUUCCAGGGCAGAUCGUGAGAGGACCUGGCCCGCACUCUCCCGCCUUCCUCUGCCUCUCCGUUCACCUCCCCCACCCCCAGAACUGGAGCUGGAGCUGGGUCUCCGGGGACUUCCAUCUCAUGCCUUGUUUGCACUCAAUGCCUACCAGUGACUCACCACGACAGGACACGCAGGUGACAGGGGCCUGGAACACGCAGCAUGGUGUGGGGUGCGUGUCAGCGGCUGUGGAUCUGAUGGAGGGAGCCUGUGGAGAGGGAAGAAGUGAUUUCCCCUGGGAAGGUGCCUGUGGAGCUGGCUUGGAGCCACCCUGGGUGGCUGAUUAGGGCUGAGCAGGAAUGGCUACACAGCUGGUUUUCAAAGUGUGAAAAUUCCCAUCAAAAGUGUUAUUGAAAAAUUAUUUUUGAACCAGGCCGGCCUGGCCGCGUAGCUCAGAUGCCCCUGUUGUGGCAUAGUUAGGGGACUGUGAAUAGGCCUCGGGCCCCGUGUGCACCCAUGCUGCCUCAGCUGGCCAUGCUCCUGCCGUGGACGUCGUUUCUCUCUGGGUUUUUACUGGCCCCAUUGGUGAGCCCUUUCUAAUGGAGUGACUCCGUGCCUGUAUAGUAUUUAUACAAAUAUUUUAGCGUUGUAAUAUACCGUGUUAAAUCCUAGUUCUGUACAGUAUAUUCUGUUAAAGUAUUUUUUUACAAGCUUGUACUGAAGACAUACGUGUUCUGUUGCAGAAGUAGAGGCCAGUGGCACCCCUGUCCUGCCCAUCGGGGUGCCACCCCUUCAUGGGACAUUGCCAUUUCCCCUUCAAUUUCUCCACAAACAUAGUAGCUGCUACUGCCAGAACGGCCACAAUAAGCAGGAAACUGCUUUUUUCUAACAUGCUGGGAAUACUGACUUGCAGAAAGCCAUAAAGCACGACUGGAAGCUGGAGCACUGGAGAAGGGUGCCGAGACUAAACGUGGCCAUCAGAGUGUGUGCGUUGAGGUCUGGGGCUUUGUGUCUGCCCCCAAGCUGGGCCCAUGCUUUUAGCUAGGAGGACCACGACUCCAGGAGCUGGGGGUACAGCCACAAGUCAGAGGGAAGAAAGCAGAUGUGAUGGGAACAAGCAGGCCGUGAGUAAAAGAAGGUAAAAGGAGCCCCGGCAUUGUCACCUGGGAGCAGGGGAGAGGGGGAGAGGGGGCAGCUGAUACCUUGUCUAAACCGGGCUCCGCUGGCAUCUACCGCGCCCACCGCUCCGCCCUGGCGCCAGCCUGUAGGAAGCCUGUGCUAUCUGAAGGGGGACACUUGGGAUGGUGCCAACUUUCCUGCUUGGUGUAUAGCAAAUGUAGCCCAAUCCACUCUUUUCUUCCCCUUUAGCUGUUCAAUAAACUGGUUCAUCAUUUUCCA